CCAAGUAAAAAAAAAGAAAAAAAAUAGAUCACCUACAACGGAAGUAAGGAGCAGGAGAGGACGAAAGGAAUAGAAAUAAAAUGGGAAAGGUAAGCGCUGCACUCUCUCCCCUGUCCGCUAGUCCGUCGUGGCCUUCCCAGCCUUCCCCUCUAUCACGCUCCCAUCUGUUCAGUGACCUUUCAACACAACCUUGAGCCUGUGUCACGCGCCAGUUGAAUGCUCGCUGUCGCAGGGUCAGUGGCCACUCAAACGCAAGCAGCCGUCGUGCCAAGGGUGAAAUGACAGUCAGGUGAAGAGAGUUGGUGACGGACCCCACGCGGCGGCAUGAAGCAGGGCGCGCGCGUCUUGGCUCGGAGCGUGGGAUCGGAGACGCCAAACAUCAUCGCUCUGGGACACGCGGAAGCGACCCCGGCUGCCAAGCAAGCGCAGCAGCGAGUAGUCACGCCUCUGGCGGACGCGCGGACCUACCCGAAGCCUUUCCACCAGAUCCCUGGACCAAAGCCGUCCUUGCCUCUCAUCGGCACAAGUUGGCAGUACUUCCGAUGGGGACGCUACAGCCUAUACCAGCUCCACGAGGCUUGUGCCGACAAGUACCGGCGGUACGGCGACGUCAUGAAGGAGGAGUACCAGUGGCAGGUGCCCAUCGUGCACGCAUUCAACCCGGAGGACUUUGAGACCAUAUUUCGGCACCAGGGCCGCUGCCCCAUCCGUCCUGCCAACGAGUUUGUCCGAAAGUAUCGAACCGAACACCCACACAAGUACAGCAAUGUCGGCCUCUCCAAUGCACUCGGCGAAGAGUGGCACACGUUACGUACGGCCCUGGCUCCGGUGCUUCUGCAGAUGAGGAGCGUCCCAGGAUUGGCGGCACAGCAAUCCGAGAUCUGCGAGGACUUUGUGAGCUAUGUGCGCUUUGUCAGGAACAGCAAGAGCCAGGCUGUUGACAACAUCCAGGACUCUCUCUACCGGCUUGCCCUGGAAUCCAUCUUCAUGCUUUGCCUCGAUACACGGCUGGGCUGCCUCAGUCGCACCGUGAACUAUGACAGCGAUGCGGCCAUUGUGAUCACAGCUGCCAAAGACCUCUUCUCCGCCUACCAGAAACUUUACUAUGGUCUGCCCCUGUGGAAGUUUUUCAGCACUGCGGCAUAUCGCAGCUACCAACGGGCGGAAGAAACGCUUUACGAGCUAACACUCAGUUACCUUCAGAAGUAUGCAAACCAUGACUGCAAAGACUCUGCUCAUGCACCCUAUGCAAAGCACACAUCACUGCUCCAUGCCCUGCUCAACACUGAAGGACUCUCGGAAAAGGAUGUUCACCUCACGAUUAUGGACUUCAUCGCUGGUGGCGUUUUCACGACCACCAAUGCCCUGUGCUUCCUGCUGCAUCACUUAGCCUGCAACCCCGGUGUCCAAGAAAAACUUCAUGGUGAACUCCAGGCGUCCAAUGGGGACGUUAGCAGCUGUUCCUACCUUCGAGCCUGCAUGAAGGAAAGCUUUCGACUGAACCCCACUGUUCCUGGGGUAAUGCGAAUCUUACCAGAGGAUGUGGUGCUCUCUGGCUACCAUGUUCCAGCUGGGGUUCCGGUGUUUGCAAACUCCCUGGUUACGUGCCACCUGGAGAAGUACUUUGCGGAACCGGAGGCAUUCCGUCCUGAGCGGUGGCUAGGAGCCGAGAGGACGCAGAUCCACCCGUUCAGCCUACUCCCGUUUGGUCACGGAGCGCGCAUGUGCGCGGGGCGCCGCUUCGCCGAGCUUGAGCUCAUGACUGCCGCUGCCAAGGUCGUGCAGAACUUCGUCGUGGAACCCUGCUCGCGCACGCUCAACACGAGUUACGUGUUUGUGGUCGUCCCUAGCCAUCCUGUGGGACUGAGGUUUUACGACAGGGUGGACCACUAGCCUCGCAUUUUCCAGAUUUUUUAAAUGUUUUUAAGGAUCGUUCCAAGACGAGCGCAGUCUUUACCUGCGUAUGCAAGGAAGCCAAGCCAAGCCCGGUUGUUGCACGAUUUUAUGUGGGGUAUUUGAUGUAUGCCAGUAGUGCUGUAUGACGUGUGGGAUCGGUGGAUGCUUGGACCUUUGAACGGACUGCGUAGGUCAACAGCUCGAGGUUUCAAAUGGCGAUUUACCACCGAGGUUGAGCUUUGAAGAAUCUAUAUUAGUGAUAAUUAAGAGCGGUGUUGCCCAACCAAAAAGCUCUGGCAUUCUCUCUAUGGCAAAUACUUGCGGACCGUGUUUUUAAGUUAGUUCUCCAGUAUUUUCUAGAAAAUCCACAAACUGAACUUUGAUUGUGGAUGUCUGAUCAAGGGGUCCAACGAUCCAACAGGUUCAUGUUUUAUAGCCUAUAAUGCUCAGAGACAGGUGUUUGUACCCUCACAUUCUCUCUUGAAUGUGUUUUAUAUGCUUUUUUUUUUUA